UUUUGGGUGAGACUUGAGGCAGAAGCUUGAUCCCGUAUAAAUAUCUGGGGCAGGAGUCAGCAGAACAGCACUGAGGAGCACUUUCAGCUGAGUCAUGGAUGUUCUCCAACUUUUCCUCUUGUUCCUGUGUGUGUUUCACUUGACAUUGAGUGGGCCGCUAAGCAAACACAUCGAUCACAGAAACCUGUUUACACAGCGACUGUGCUGCAAGAGGCAGAGUCACUUUGUGUACAUUGGGCAAGAUAUUUCAGGGAGUCCUGUCAGCGUGGAUGUGGGAAUGUGCAGGUCACAUUGCGGGAUGGCUACAAGAUCAUCGCAUGAAGCAAGACAGCGGGAAUACUCAAAGCAUUCCUCCAUGCUGGAAUUCCUAAGGAGCAAGAAGAUGAGGACGCGCGGCCCGUCUGCGCCAGAGAUCCCGGAGCAGCCGAGCCGGCUGCCCUCCUGCCGGGCCGGCCAGGCGUGCGAGCCGACGGGGAUGCGAGUGGAGCGCCUGCUGCUGUUCGAGGGGCCCCGGGAGGUGGAGGUCAUCGAGGAGUGCCACUGUGAGAUAAAGCUGAGCCAGUGCGUCCGGGUGCCCGCUCUCCGUACCUACUACUUCGAAACGCCGUACGAGACGGUGAUAGACGUGGGAGGCUGUUCCCGCUCCAAAGGAGGCUCAGAGGGCUUCUCCUGCGUCCCCACCAAGUUUGACUCAGCGUUGCUGGAAACUCCGAACAAAGGGGAUGUGAUCCGGACCGUGGCGGCCUGCGAGCUGAGGGAGAGCUGCUACCGGGUCCCCUUCGUCGAGUAUUACUAUGAAACGGUCCAACGCGCAGAUGGGGUGAAAGAAGAGAGGCUCAAAGAAAUAGAUGUGGGCAGAUGUUUGGGAGGUUGCACAACAGGAAACCGGUGCCUUCUCAGGAGUCCAUCUGAUCUGGAAAACUGCCACUUGUGGUCAGAGAGGCCGUCCGGUUCCUGCGUCCCUCAGGGAUACCAGAGCCACAGCUUCAUCAACCAGCAUGGGCAGAUUCGCACCAUCCUCUCCAUCACCUCCUGCUUCUGUCAAAACUGAACACAGCGCCCUCUGCUGGAAGGCAACCUCCCUGCCCUCCGGUGACUUUUGCAGCUUGACCAAACUGGUGUGAAAACAUUUAAGGGUUGUUUAUUUUUUUAAUAUGUAAUAUAUGUAUAAGUGAUAAUUUUG